AUGCGGACAUGCGGGAUGCGGCACGGCGACGGCAGACGGACGGACGGAGUGUCGAACGGUUGUUGCGACGGCGGCGGUGAUAACGACGCGACUGAUAAGAGAUUUAUCGUCGGCCGCAGUUUUUUAUCACGUAAACACGGCGACGUAGCGUUAUCGCUCGUAGUCACCCGACUCCUCGUCGAUCUUGCCGACGACGGUAAAUUCCCGUCGGCCCGCCGCCGUAGCAGCAGCGGCCGUCAGCAGCAAGCAGCAGCUCUCUUGCCUCGUCCGACUUCUAGCAGCAGACGACCACAGCAGUAG